UGCCCCCAAAGAUGAAUUUUCGUUUAUUUAUUUUUUAUGGAAAAUUUUGUUACUUCAGAGGAACUUCAAAGGGUCGUAUAGAAAUUAGGGAUUAUCCAAAAAAUAACAGAUAUAAUCAAAAUUGUCCAUUUUGUUGUAAAUAUUGUCCAAUAAUUACUAGGGCCUGGAUUUUAAUUUUCCAUACAGGGAAGAAUGACAGAUACCUAAAUAUGUAUUUCUGGAAGUAAAAAAUAUUUUAAAUAAUUUGGUGUAUAUUUAAAUAGCACGAUUUUCGCUAAUAUAUUUUUUUGUUACUUAAAAAGGAACAUGUAGGGUUGGCAGAUUCUGGAAAUUCAGAUCAUGUGAAGUUUAGGAACCCUUUAAAAAUCCGGCCCUAAUAUACAAUUAUUUAGAAAUUUUUCUUUAAUAAAUGCUUCCGAGAUUCUCAUUUUUAGCCGUUUACAAGAAGUUGAACUUGAAUGAACAUUUUUGAUGCAUUCACUAUAAAAUAACUGGGCUAGUUUACGGCCAAAAAUCUCGAGCUUUUUCUGAAGAAGUUUUUGUACACGCACCUCUCUAAAAUAAAAAAAAAUUAAAUUUUUUUUAUUUAUUUAAGAAUUCUAUAUAAGUAUUUACGUUCAUUUAGUUUAAUUUGAGCGAAAAAUUUAUUUCACAACAAUUCAAAACUAGUGUAAGGCUUAUUCGAAAAAACCGAUUUUUCUAUAAUUUUACUGAUACGAUAUUGUUAUACAGGAAAAAACCCCGACCGUACGUGCCCAACACUAUUCAAUACGGCUGUUUCAGGAAUUGUUUUUUGAACAGAAAAUCAGUCUAUUAUUCUGCAAAACGAUUCGAUCUUAUUUAUUAUUUUUCUCUCAAAAUCCCACCAAAAUCUUAUUAAUUUUCGGAAAUCUCGGUUUCG